GUUCAUCGUCCUCAACGUCCCCCGCCUCCCGCCCGCAACACUCUCCGCCGCCGUUCCGGCUUCAACAUCACCUUCAACACUCCCGACGUCUCUCGACAACAAUGUUGGCUAUCCAGAAGCCAGUUGCUCUUUUUUCGUCACCCCAAGCGCAUUUGCCGCGGUCGACUCAUAGUCGGCAUCCUUCAGCGCCGGUCGUCAUCCGCCCGACGCAAACGCCCGGGUUGCUCUCUCUCUCCAAACCUGCUCAGCAACAUCUGCCGCGGCCACAGCAGUCGCAGCCGCAUGUCAGAGCAUCUAGAACAUCAACUAGGGGCAAGCAACAGCGCUCCCCUCAGCCGGUGCCAGCGCAGGCGCAGUCUGCUGAGGAUGGAAAGAAGGCUAAAGCAUCCAAGCCGAGCUCUGCCAACCCUCCUAACGAUUCGAGCAAGCCCAAUGUCCCGUCGCUGGAGAAGUCGACCAGGGGUCGUCGAUCCGCUAAGGUAGUCCCGAAAGAGAAGGCCGACCAGAGAAGCCCCUCGGCUUCUCGGGCGCACGCGCGGCGACAAUCUCACCAGCCAUCCCCACCCCCCGCUAAGACACCCAGCGAGAGUGAUCCGUCUCGUCCUUCCGUGAACCCCUUGCGGGCCCAGUCAUUCGAGCGUCAAAGUGCUUCGAACUUAUUCGAUCCUUUCGUCGUGAACUCGACCUCGGAUAACGAAUCUCCGGAGCCUGCGGUUUCGAAGGAUAGCGCUAAGCCGAUCUCCUUCCGCCCACCACCACAGCUUGCCUCUCGCCCGAAUGGCAAGCUUGCUCAUCGUCGUCAGUCAGGCCAAGUUCAUGACUUUCCGAUGUCCUCGCAAGCCAUACCUGUCGCUCGCACUCACGGAUCUCGCAACUCUGCGAACUUGUCGAGGUCGACCCCCAACCCCACCCCCGUUACCCCUCCACGUCGUGCCGCCCGACGUGCAGCGAUGGAAUUACCCCUCGCUCAGUGGGGCGAGUUCCCGAUUUGCGACGACAUGACUGUCAGCUCUCCGACUACGCCCGUCCGCGAAAGCGCCAGCUGUCCAUCAAAGCGUUUGGGCGCUACUUGGCAGCAAACUCUUAUCGAUGACGCCCCUCGCACAGCCCCUUUGUCCUCAACCUACGAGUAUCCUUUUGCACAGCCAGCUUUUGUUACGCCUUCGCCUGCGGCUCGCCGCCGCCAUCACCAGCGAGUACCCAGCGAUGGUGUUUUCGCGAUGUCGACGGACGACGAUUCGUCGGAAUCUUCCGAUGAGCUGAAGAAUGUGCUGAGCAGGCUUGCUCUCGGUGGCGCUGCCAUGGUCGACGCGAGGCGAACUCCGUCGCCGUCCAUGAUGGACGGCAUGCCCGCAGGUUUCUAUGCGGGGUCGGUUUUCCAAAACUCUCCGAGCCCGGAGGAGCUGCCGGUUCCCGCCUUCCGCCCGUGAAUGUAUUAUCAAAGUGUAAAACUCCUCAAGUGUACAGUUCAGGUUAUCCGGCCCUAUAGAUGCUCUCAUUUACCGUUACAUGUCUGCUAAUACCCCGCCACGAUCCUAAGCCGUCGCGUUGCUCACGAUCGCAACAUCCUACCCCGCCUGCAUUGGUCGGCCUGCCCGCAAUGGGCUCCCUGGCUGAUCUACCAUCUCUACCACCUCCCUCGGCGCCUGGCAUUAUCGUUGUCGGGACCGUACGGCUAUGGGCUUCCCGCGUACUCUGGACUUACAUUUGGUGUUUUUCUUCCCACUCGGUCAUCCCGGUCUACGGUCAUUCGCUCAGGAAACUCUCGCACUCGUUUUCGAUACCCCGCCUAACCGCUGGGUUCGGUUUAGCCUUCGUCGCGGUAUUCAUACCCCCGUUGUCGAUGGCUUUGGUCGCCCUGUUGUCUCGUGCACCCGCUCCUUACGGGCCGGGCCCUCUCACGAACAUGUCGACCGCUGGUUCCGGUUUCUGUUUAUCAAAUCUUCCGCCUAUUUCCUCGGCUCAUAUUUGGCUCCUCGUUUACUCUACAGCAAGUGUGUCAUUAUACAUCAAGCCAACAUCCAGCUCUCGCACAUCUCUCCCGCACUCUUCGCAUCUGCAUGUCCUCUCCCCACCCACGCGCAGGCCUACAUCCAUCCUAUUUACCUACUCGAUCCGCUUGAUAUUCCCGGCAUGCGCGCGGCGUUGUACAAUCAAGACCUAUAGAGCUCAAGAGAAAAUACACAAGCAAGAGCGAUUGCCAUAUUUAUCAACAACCGGACGCGGUCGAGGAGGAGGUAGCGGCGCGUCGUGGUCUAUUAUCUGUGGUCUCCUCGUUUGUCUUGGCUGGUGGGCAUCGCAUGUGCUCUUGGAUUUUGGGACUCUGUUCAAUCAUACCAAUCCCUUUACGGUGUGUUCCGUACGUCUGUUGUUCUAAUUUCCCACUUCCUCGCUCGGUGCUCCUCCACUGCCUUGCCUGAGCUUCCCUUGUUCGUUUUCGUAUCACAUCAUUUUACCAUCUUUCUUCUUCUACGCCAUUUGCCUUAUUGUUCCUGUUUCACUCCUGGCAAUCGCCUGCGGUGUAUCAAUAUAGCCAACUUUACUCACGACGCCGUUCACCCUUCCUCUGUCUUGAUAUUGCUCCCUCCUAGCGUUGUUCUUGUGCACUAGUAUUCUUAGUUCCUGUCGUAGCAGAAAAGCUACCUUAUUUGCUCCUAGAUUUCUCCUUAACCCCCGCUCCCUUCUCUUCCGCUGUUGUAAAGUCCAUGUGUCGGGUAGACGAUGUUGGUGAGCAUUCUCACUCGUCUUUCCUGUCGCAAACUAAUGCCUCCGCGGCGCCAGUCCAUUUCCCUAUCGUCCUAUUGAGCUCCACUGCGGCUCUGCUGACGCCAUUGGCUCGGCUUACUCGCCAGUAGCGACACUCGUCUUCAGCGGACCCGUCAUCUUGUGGGUCGCCCACGCUCGUUACCCGACCGUCUUCCGGCUCGUCUUCAACCGUGGAACUGCUUUGUUCCUCUCUCUCUUGGGUCUCUUUCAGCUUCUUCGAUCAUUUUAUCAACAUGCGUCAAGAGACGUCCGUCUGUACCAGCACCACAUGUCCCUCCCCUCGCAGUCAACACGCAAAAGCUCUGUUCAAACUAUAAUACCUCUUGUAUCGUCGCCAUCGCUUUCGCUUCACUCGCCACUCGCACUGUACCAUUACCUCGCGUCUUGUCGCUCUCGCAUUCACUCCUCGUUUUCUUCCUAUCGUAUCGUCGACAAUCGACUACACGUAUCCCACGACUAUUUCGGCCUGUCUUGUUCGACCUUGGAACGGCGCGUAGCGCGGACUAGGCGGGCAGCGUUUGUUUGUUGUUCGGUGGUCCGUUGUUAGGGACCGGUGGUGUUUCAUUUGCGAUCUCGUGUGGUGUGGGUGUGGGGAGCGGGCGUUCGGCGAGGGGUGGUGAAGGCGUGGUGUCUUUCGGUUGCGAAUUCUUUACUUACUCAAAAGGAUGGACGCUAGCCCUUCUUUGUACGAUGUCUUCGAGAGUAUAGUGGGGUUACUGGCCUGUGAAGAGUAGUUGAAUGACAAUCUGAUCAUGACAU